GCAAAGAACGAUCCACGAGGAGGGGUAAAGUGUUCUUAAGAGCUCCCAUUCAGCCUUUAGAAUUGGCCGGAGCGACCCGCAGAGAAACAUAGAGGCCCUGGAAGUAUUUAAUCCAGGAGAUGUGUCUGCGAGGCGGUCACACAGCAGGACAGACGCAUGCAGGUCAGUUCAUAAUACCCGUGCGCUCUGCUGUCUGACUCCACUGACCAUCAGCCCUUAAAUUUGAUUUCAUUUUCCCUUUAAUUUGAUUUUAUUUCUAAUAUGGAGGAGAUACUCUUUGACUUGGACCACGAUGGAACCACUGAUUUUGCGUUUUGGGGACAGAUGGACCAAAACUUCCAGUUCCAGACCCAGCUGGACACCUUCCUGCUUGACUGCACGGCGGCCACAGGCCAGUUGUCCCCCUGGUCCUCUUUCGGCUGUCAGUCCAUGUUCCCGGACUCACAACUGACCUUCACCGACCUCGACGUGCAAUCCCCGGGGGCGGGCGUCUGCGCCGAGGGGGAGAGCUCCUGCGCCGAAGAGCCCCUGGAGAUGGGCACGCGCAGGUCGCGUCGCCUACUGGCCCAUCCGCCCUAUAAGGUGCAGCGGCACGCCGCCAACAUCCGGGAGAGGAAGAGGAUGCUGAGCAUCAAUUCAGCCUUCGAGGAGCUGCGCUGCCAUGUCCCGACGUUUCCCUACGAGAAGCGUCUGUCGAAGAUAGACACGCUGAGACUGGCCAUCGCCUACAUCGCCCUGCUGAGAGAGAUCCUCAUGUCAGGCUGCGACCCCAAGUCCUACGUGGACGAGUGCAUGAAGAACGGCUACAAGAACCAAACUAACGCCAUCUGGAACACGAGUGACCUGACAGCCCGCCUCUCUUGGAUAAAGUGGGAUUAAGUGAACAACAUGGGGCGCCCCGAGUGUUGAGAUGUCGGCGUGGAGGUGGUUCAGAUCUGUUCUUCCCUCUACAUGUCAAAGACAGGCGGCACGGCACGACAGAGCCCAUCGGGCGACAUCUGCAGACUUCUCACCGGGUCACACACCUCAGGCUUUCUCAACUCCAUCUCCUCCCUCGUCCUCUGCGGCUUUUAAUAUUCUAAUUCACUGUUGACUAGUAAUUGAGAGCUACUGUUUCUGGGGCUGGGGAGGGAAGGAGAGGGUUAGCAUUGUUUGCCCAAAUGGAUGGCACUUAUGACAGAGAGAGAGAGAGGGGCACACUGGCAUGAGACUGAAUGGACGUCCUAAUAGGGCUCAUACUUCUGCAUGCGGCCCUGAAGUGUUUUGUGGAGUCGAUGUGUUAAAAAGAGCCUUUCCCAUGUAAAUGAGACGACGGGCGUGAGAAGCCGAUUGGUGCAAUAUGUCUUUGCCUGUCAGGUGCUGUUUCCAGCGAUGGCAGUAAGUUUAAUUGUGUACUGUCUCUGCUUUAUUUAUUUAUUUAUGUAUUUAUUUACUUAUUUAAUUUAAUUUAUUUAUUAUUUAUAGUUUGAUAAAUUAUACCUCUGCUGCUUUUUAGUGCAUCUUAAAACAAACUGGAUAAUUUAUUGUUCUGUAAUUGAAAUGGGAAACAUUUGUUGUGAUUUACUGUAUAUUCAAGGCUCCUCUGUGCUACAUGACAAUGUCAUUUUCUUUAAAUGGAUCAUCUUGAAAAUUUCACAUCACCACAGUGGAGGUAUUUUGUGUAUUUCUAAUCAUAAGUCAAGAGCAUGGAAAGCAACCUGCAUCUCUCCCACAGUGGUUUUAUCUGUGGUCAUUACCUGUUAAUGUCUUUAAUGGGAAAACUCAAGCACCUACAUACAAAUCAUUGACUUACACACUUUGCCUGAUGUAUUUUCCUGUGGGAGAUUUGAAUAUAUAUUUAUAUUCAUAGCACAGAAAUGAUUGAAUGUAUCCCUGUUCCUAUGUGUCUGCACCCCCAAAAUCACAUCUACACCUAGUGUCAUUAUGACAUUAUGGAAAUGUAUGUAUGACCCAACAGAUAACAGGCCAUGAAGACAAAUUCUGGACAUAUGUGCCAUUAUGUUCUGCAAUCAGUGUUUCAUCAGCAGUGUAAUGUGUUGAAAGUGUAAACAGUAAAAUGGCUUGUUAUCCAGAAAA